GCUUAGUACAUGGAUUAGAUUGCCUACUUGUCCACUAAAUAAUACAAUACUUAAGUGUAAUUAUGGUACAUAUUGGCUGAUACAUGUAUGUAUUUUACCAAAUAAUUCUAGUAUGUUAGAUAAAUGCAUUUUUAUUUCUGAUUUUUGAAACUAAUCAAUUAAAUUUCCUCCUGUACAGAUGUCAGAUGAAAGUGAAGCAGAGGGUGAAGAGAUGAAUCAGGAUUGGAUUCUAGAAUACAGUUGUCCGGAAUGUUUGAUACUUAGUACUGAUGAUAUGGCAAUGCAGUUGUGGACUCUGCAUAUGAAUGAACAUUUUUUAUUUUUUACUGUAUUUGGGGUUGACUUUGUUUUCUGCCCCCAAUGUGCCAAUAUUUACCAUCUUAAUUGUAUCAUAAACUAUAUUACAGAGAGUGAUCAAGAUAUUGCUUUUCUUCAAAUUAAGUACCAGAAAGAAGUCCUCCAAACAAGGGGUGACAAUGCUCUAUUUACACAAUCACAGAAAGGUGAGCAACAUUCAUUAGAAAAACUGAAACAAAAUUUACAAUAAUAUUAUCUCUAUCCAAUGAAAAUGACGAAGAAAGCGUGCCUAGAAAUGAUCAACCAAAAAUUGGGUCACUACCUAUAACCAUGAUAAAAGAAAUAUCAUUAUCAACCAAAGAAAGUCUGUUGUUGUCCAUCAAAGCAGCUCGACAAACCAGGCUUGCCAAAAUGUCAGAGAAAGAAUUACUUCAAAA